AUGGACAUGUCAGUCAUGUCCUCGAUGACCUCCAUGGACGGAAUGGACUCGACUGCCACUACGACCGCGGCCAUGCCUUCCUCGACAACGACCAUGGACAUGGGAGGAAUGGAUAUGGGCGGACAUGGCGGCGGUAAUAGCUGCAAGAUCUCAAUGCUGUGGAACUGGUACACUGUCGAUGCUUGCUUCCUGUCGAGCAGCUGGCACAUCACUUCGUCGGGCAUGUUCGCCGGCUCAUGCAUUGGAGUCAUCCUCCUCGUUAUGCUCCUCGAGGCCCUUCGUCGGGGCUCCAAGGAGUACGAUGCCUACAUCAUCCGCAAGCGCAUGGCCACCUCUCCACCGCCGACCAACGAAGCGCAAUCCAGCAACAGCAACCUAAUCGGCAAGAACACUUCGUUCCGUGCAGUACCCACACCAAUCCAGCAGCAACAGUUCCGCCCAACUUUGCUCGAGCAGUCCAUUCGAUCGCUGCUUCACAUGUGCCAGUUUGCAGUCGCAUACAUCAUCAUGCUCCUCGCAAUGUACUUCAACGGGUACAUCAUCAUCUGCAUCUUCAUCGGCGCUUUCUUAGGAUCGUUCGCCUUCGACUGGACCACCACUAACAAGGACUCCGAAGGCACCUACUGUUGUGGGUAG